AUCAAAUACUGCUCGUUAUUUGAAAUCAAACGUCUGGACGGCUGUGAAUAUUUAGCGUUGAUAUCUGUAUUUAUAAAUCUUAGCAUUUUUUAAGUUGACAUAGUACGUGGUACACAAUACGUAUUUCUAAAAAUUAAUUUAUUGUUCUUAUGGAUUUACUUAAUAAUUUGAUGGAACCCAUGACACUAGGAUCACCUGUUGGAAGUCCUGUACAAAGCCCUGGAAGUCCAGGAACUUGUGCGUACCUUCCAAAUUUUCUUUUGGGAGAUACUGCGACGCCUACUAAAAUAAACCUCACAAAUCCUCAAGAUACUCCAAAACAAUUCCAUGUUGGACACAGUGGACUGUCAUCGCCGCUAUCGCAUUAUGGUACCCCAGACUAUCGUACGAAUCGUCAGAAAGCAGUGUUUGGCAGUGCUAAUACUCCUAACACAUCGCAGAUAGUGACAGAGGGUCAUACAGGUGGGCCGCCAACUAGGGGAUUAUUUGAUACCUUUGAAACGUCACAAACCUCUUCACCUUAUAUAUUGACCAUGAAUCAAAGCAUUUCUUGCAAUCAAUCUAGACUCUUAAUGAACUCGAUGAAUAAUUCUAUAUUUGCCGAUAGCUCAAUAAACCCUAAUAUGAGCGAAUCUCAGGGUCUUUUGCAAUGGGUGACCGUAUUUGGUUUUCCUCCGAGCGAUAUGAACACAGUCUUGGCUCAUAUCUCGAGCAGAGUUCGCAUAGUAGACAAACAUCCCGCUCCACAAGCACACUGCAAUUGGAUACAUUUAAAGUGCGCCUCGGAGCAGGAAGCGCAGAGAGCGCUGGCGUGUAAUGGGAAUAUUGUUUCUGAUUCUGUUAUGAUUGGUGUGAGUCCUUGUACGGAUGAGAGUAUUGUAUUAGGGAACGAUCAGGAGAAUCGCUCUAAAAUGAAUGAACGUGUCAAGUGUUUCUCGAGUCUUGGAAAAGCUAAUUACAUGCAGGAAUACAGUUCGGCGAAUAAAUCAAUUAGAAAACAAAAUGCAAGACCCUUGGCAGCUGGUUACAACCAGCACCUUAGUCCUCAAUCGGUAAGAUCACCGGAGAAUGUACCACAAAAGUCUACAGGGUUAGUCUCCAAGGCGAUGGAAUAUAUGUUUGGUUGGUAGCCUUCGAUAGAGAUAAUUGUAAAUGUUAUUCAUUAAUGACAAAUAUUAUUUAAUAUGUAAUAUUGCGUGUCGUUAUAAAAAUCAGAUACAUUAUAAACACAACUAACUUGA